CCCUCUGGCAGUUCAUGCACUACGUGCGGUUCUCGCAAGCUUCUGAUCGUUUGGGAUGUUACAGCAUGGUGAGCUGUUUUGGUGAACAGAUUGGUAAACUUUUUCCACCGGUGCGUUGAGCAGAUUACUUGAUUGCUUUUUAAUUACUUUAUCGAUAUCGUAGAUCUUAACACGAUGAUAAAUUUGUCUUUGCAUGUCUCUCUUUGCGUUACACGUGGGAAAUGGUGGCUUUUGAUGUCAACAUUUCAGUUUCGUAGUUUUUGCAUAUUAAAAUGACUUAAAGAAGAUAUCGCAGACUUUUUGUUGAGUAUCAGUGGUGAUAUUAAAAAUAGUUUUUGAGUUUUUAAUAAGGAACAAUGCAAUGUUUUAAUUAAAGUGCCGUCAUUUCAUCAAUAAAUAUUGUAAGUGUAUUAAUUACACUUGCAAGGAAGCUUAAGAUUUCGUAGAUCUUUCAAUAUGCGUUAUCGAAAAACUUUACGGCAGUUUUUUGUUGUUAAAUUGGUGAGCAACAAAAUCUACUUACGUAACAACCAAACUUAAUAAUUCCAAAAGGAAACUUCUCCAAACACUGCUACUGUUAGAUAAAAUAAAGCUGGAUCUCUAUUUACUGUCAUAUAUAAAUUUUUAAGGGAAAUAAGCCAAGAAGACAAACUCCUAACCUGUAACUUGAAGUUCGUUUCUAAACAUUUUUCUGUUAGUGCAAAAAAAAGGUAACGAUUUUUUAAAUUAACUUUGUCUUAGAUUAAUUUGCAAUACUUAAAAUUUAUCCUACCCAUCAGCUUACUAAGCAUUUUGUGAUCAGUGAUAAGAAUAAAUUUCUUCUUCCAGAAGAAAAAUAGAAUUUAAUUUAAAAAGGAAAAGAAAUUUUCACGAAUUGCUGUUAUUAACAGAAAUUCUGUGGCUUCUACCUACUAUAAUAACAGAUGUUACCUUUUUAAGUAGAUUCCAAUGCAAAACAAAAACUGUAAAAGAAGAUUCGCUUUGAGUUUUGAAAUAUGAAUCAUAGAGAAAUACGUAUUGCAAUUUUGAUUAAAACUUCUCGUGAAAGCCAAGUAUUAUUUCAGAUAAGAAUUAAAAAGAAAGAAAGACUUUGUUUAAAGUAAUUAGGACAUAAAUUCUCAACUUAGAACGCAUGAAAAUGGGCAAAAAUUCUGUGAGUGUAAUGAUACUAAAGGAAUAACUUCUUAAGAUGGACUUGCCAGGAAGGUGCAGAAUUUUCAGAAGAACGUUUAUGCUGACGCUUAUCUGCUGUUCCAUUACCUGCUACACAUGGCACAUCCUAUCUACUUACCCAGUUAUUGCUACUGACAGAAUUUUUAUUUCUUAUAUGCGACCGGACGCUCCGAAGGUGAAUCUCUCCCCUCAAGAUGAGGGAGCUUAUGCUGUGAAAAUAUGGUUGCCCCGAAGGAUCAAGUCCGGUCCAUCCAGUGCGGAAGAAAGCAAAUCUUCCAGCGCAGACUUAUUACUAUCCGUCAGCAAUGGUUCUCAGACUUCCGGAUCCGGCGAAACGAUGAUGAGAUUGUGGGGUGCGGGAGGGGCACAGCGCAGAUUGCCCCAGGCUCUCAUAAUAGGGGUGAAGAAGUGUGGAACCAGAGCAUUGCUGGAGUUUCUGAGAUUGCACCCGGAUAUCCGAGCUACAGGACCGGAAACGCAUUUCUUCGACAGAUUUUAUGACAGAGGGCUAGAGUGGUACAGACAACAGAUGCCUCAAAGCCUGGAAUCUCAAAUCACAAUGGAAAAAACUCCGAGCUAUUUCAUCACACGUGAGGUCCCUCAGCGUCUUCAUCGUAUGUCACCUUCUGUCAAAUUGAUCGUAGUAGUCAGAGACCCUGUCACCAGGGCUAUUUCCGACUAUACGCAGACUGCUAGUAAAAGAGGUGUUCGAUCAAGUCCUUCUUUUGAUGCAAUGACUUUUCGUAAUUCUACAACAGGGCUUGUGGACACGUCAUGGAGUGCCAUUCGAAUAGGAGUUUAUUCACGCUUUCUCGAAUUGUGGAUGCAAUACUUUCAGCUUCGACAGAUCCACUUUGUAAGCGGUGAGAACCUCAUCAAAGAUCCAGCAGGUGAGAUGGCUCGAGUCCAAGACUUUUUGGGGCUGAAACGGGUCAUCACGGACAAACACUUCUAUUUUAACGAGACAAAAGGAUUUCCAUGUCUAAAGAAAUCUGAAGGCAACGGCAAUCCCCAUUGUCUUGGCAAAACCAAAGGGAGGACACACCCAGACAUAUCUCCCUCCACAGUAACUAGGUUACGAGACUUUUAUCGACCUUUUAACCUCAAAUUCUAUCAGAUGGUCGGGAGGGAUUUUGGAUGGCUAUGACGGAACGCGGGGAACCCUUCGACAAAUCAUAUCAAGGAGAGAAAUUGUGUUUACUGAACUUUCCGGUGAAAGUCCUUUUGUCAUUUCGUUUUGGCUAAGAAAGAAUUGUCUUAGAAAGGGAUAUAAUGCCGGGUAACUUAAUAAUUAUAAGAGCUUGUGUCGUGGGUGUUCCAUAAGACAAAAAAUAUUGCACUGAAAGCAUUGCCAAAAAUAUCUAUCGACUAUCACAUAAAUGUAUGUCUUUUUUCUUAAAAAAUCAUAUCUGAUUCCAUUUAAUCAAGCUGAAUUACUUUUUUAUUAAAAUAAAAAAUAGAUAUUACGGUUAAGACGAAAUUCUUUCAAAUGUUUAUUACUAAUAUUUACUACUACUUGGCGAUUUGAAUGGCCGAGAAAGAAAAACUAUUUUUAACGUUAUACAAUUUAUAAUGAUUUGUCAUUACUCUCGCCCCGCUAAAAACAAAAUGACUUUUGUUAAUAAAAAUAAAAAUAUUUUAUUAUUUCCUAAUCUGCGGAAUAGUUACAAUUGAAUUUUAAUAACAUUAUGCAUAAUAAAAUUUAUUUUAUUUAUAAGAGAACAAAAUAUAUUUCACUUUUAUUACAGUAUUACAUAAAAAAUUAACUUUUGUAAUGCUAUAGGGUUUUUGAAAGAUGUUACCUUAGUAUAAAUUUUAUUAAAAAUUAAAUUAUAUAUUUUGAUUCCAGCCCAGAUGCGUCAAUACAAGAAUCCUAUACCUAUGGAUUUAACAAAAAA